AUGAACCACGCUCGAUCUAAUCACCGGGCCGCUCUCGGCGGUGGCAAUUAUCCAUAUCACGCUACUUUUGCUCCUUUGUCGUUCUCCACCACUAGUGCUGCUGCGAACCAGAUGUCUGCCGACGAGAAAUUCAAUUCCAUCAAGCCCGAAAUACCGGCCAGACGUUUGACAGUCGUCUUCUGGGUUGUCAUGUCCCUCUACGCCUGUGCACGACUUGUCAACAACUUCGAUUGGUUUUCGAGCAAAAAGUUUGAACCACAAUGCCCUCAAAGCGCUGUUCUUACUCCGAAGAAGAAUUGGGAGGUGUGGGAGGUUUUGAACACUCAGAUCAGCACGCUGGAUUUCCAGGAAAGCGCGGUAAACUGGCUCGCGGGGGCGGUUCGAGUGCCAACCGAGUCAUUCGAUGAUAUGGGAGACGUCGGUGUCGAUCCUCGAUGGGAUGCCUUCAAGCCUUUCCACGAGUACCUCUUCUCUGCCUUCCCACUCGUCCACGCCACGCUCAAUUUGACGAAGAUCAACACCUAUGGCCUUCACUACGAGUGGAAGGGAUCCGACGCGUCUCUCAAACCACUGCUUCUGGCCGCUCAUCAAGAUGUAGUCCCUGUCGAACCGAGCACUGUCAAACAAUGGAAAUACCCCCCUUACUCGGGAUUCUUCGAUGGGAAGAGAAUCUGGGGACGCGGAAGUUCUGAUGAUAAGAACGGUCUCAUUGGUAUUCUUUCUGCCAUAGAAACCCUUCUGGCAGCCCAGUUCCGACCGACUAGAACUGUCGUUCUUGCGUUUGGAUUCGAUGAGGAGGCCAGUGGGCUCCAAGGCGCUGGUACUCUAGCUCCACAUCUUGAGAACGUGUACGGGGAAAAUGGCAUCGGCAUGAUCGUUGACGAAGGAUCAGAAUUUGAGGAGCAAUUUGGCACUGUGAUCGCCACGCCAGGAAUUGCCGAGAAAGGUUAUCUCGAUGUCCUGGUCGAAGUGACGUCACCUGGCGGGCACUCGAGUAUUCCUCCUGCGCAUACGAGCAUCGGAGUUCUCUCUGCUCUUCUGGUGCAUUUCGAACAGCAGCCUCCGAAGGUCGAAAUUUCCAGACAUGAGCCGAUGUUCGACACCCUCCAGUGCCUCGCAGAGCACGGAAAGUCGGUUCCUCCAAAGCUUCGUGACACCAUCAAGAAUUCGAUCGCGUCCUCCAAAGCGCUCGAUGCAUUGCAAGCAUUCAUUCGCUCAGACGCGUCUCUCAGCAGUCUUGUCAGCACUACGCAAGCAAUAGACAUGAUCAACGGUGGCGUAAAGUCGAACGCACUCCCAGAACGUGCAUGGGCCCUGGUCAACCACCGUAUCUCCGUGCUCAGUUCUGUGGCUGAGCUCAAGGCGCGCGAUGCAGACCUUCUUGUCCCUCUGGCCGAGAAAUUCAACUUGACUUAUACGGCCUUUGGCAAACUCAUCUCGGAAGAAGGAGCCACGGGAAAAGGCGCUUUGAAUUUAAGCACCACAUACGCUGGCCUGGAGCCAGCACCUAUCACUCCGACAGGCAACGACGCAGGACCGUAUCAGCUGCUCUCGGGUACAAUUAAAUCGACUUUCAACGCUCACCGGUCUCUCGACAAUCCCGACGCGAUCAUCGUUGCGCCUAGCAUGAUGUCUGGAAAUACCGAUACGUGCUCUUAUUGGAGGCUUUCCAAGCACAUAUUCCGGUAUAACCACCACAAUACCGAUAGUGCAGGUCCUGAUGAGCUGAUGUCGAAUAUCCACACUGUGAAUGAAUUUGCUGAUGUUGACGCGUUCAUGGAAAUGAUACUUUUUUUCGUGACACUAAUUCUUAAUGCCGAUGAGUCUGCGUCAUUGUAA